ACUCUAAUCACUACUCACGGCUCACGGUUAAGGUUAGAAUUCAUUGAUUACAUGAUUGCCGUUGACAUACAUCGAUUCGUAAUGAGAUUUAUUUUAUUGUCUACUUAAUAUUUUCACGAGAAGAGAAAAGGAAAUUAUAAGAAAUUAUGCUGAGCGUACUGUGCGGCGGUCUGUCGCGUGAGGUGUCGCGUAACAAGAAGAAACUGUGGAGUAUGACGAGAAACACGUAUAGCAGCGGAGUUACGACACGAUUACUAUUAUCUAAUAGGUUCCACGCUGCCGAGCGUAAUUCUGUAAUUUCUUCUCUGGGUGUCAGGUGUUGCAGCGGCAAUGUAAUCGAUCGUGCUCAAAAGAAAAAGAAUGUCCCACAAUCAAAAUCUGUUGUACCGCCAGUAAAAUUUGUAUCGGUAGUUACUGGAUUAACUGGAGCAAAGCCUGGCCAGCAGAAAAGAAACUGCUUUCAUCCUGGAAUCUCUAAUUUGAGCAGAGAUGCCAUUGAUUCAGGUGAUAAAGCACCAAUUACUAGUAUGGACAUGCUAAAAGCCAUGCUGAGAUACAUUUGGCCAGAAGAUGAUCCAGAAAUACGGAAAAGAGUGAAAAUAGCAUUGGGUCUACUUGUAGGAGCUAAAGUCUUAAACGUUUGUGUGCCAUUUAUUUUUAAAUAUGUGGUAGAUAUUUUGAAUGCCCAUACUGUAGCAGUAACUGGCAGUGCAGCGAUGAAUUUAACAACUGCACCUGCGACAGUUGCAACUGUAGCAACAUCACUACUUGUAGGAUAUGGAAUAGCACGGGGUGGUGCAGCCGGUUUCAACGAGCUUAGAAACGCGGUUUUUGCGAAGGUCGCGCAGCAUUCUAUUCGUAAAAUAGCGAAAAAUGUUUUUGUGCAUUUGCACAAUCUCGAUAUGGCUUUUCAUUUAAGCAGACAGACUGGUGCUCUAUCAAAGACAAUCGAUCGUGGCAGUCGUGGUAUCAAUUUCGUUCUAAACGCCAUGGUAUUUAAUAUUGUGCCUACAGUAUUCGAACUGGCGUUAGUUAGUGCAAUAUUGGGAAUAAAAUGUGGACCGGAAUACUCGGCCGUUGCGUUGGGUUGUGUGGGCAUUUACACUAUAUUUACAUUAACUGUUACACAGUGGCGUACCAAAUUCAGAAUACGUAUGAAUCAAGCGGAAAAUGAGGCGGGUAAUAAAGCAAUAGAUUCGCUUAUCAAUUAUGAAACUGUAAAGUAUUUUAAUAAUGAGAAAUUCGAAACAGAAAGAUAUGAUCAAUCUUUGAAGAAAUAUGAAACAUCGUCCCUCAAAACCAGCACGAGCUUAGCAAUGUUGAAUUUCGGGCAAAAUGCCAUUUUCAGCGGAGCGCUGAGUCUCAUCAUGGUAUUGGCAGCACAAAGUAUCGUAAAUGGUACUAUGACUGUUGGUGACUUAGUAAUGGUGAAUGGGUUGUUAUUCCAACUUUCAGUUCCUUUAGGUUUCUUAGGUUCUGUUUAUCGAGAAGUGAGACAAGCUUUUAUUGAUAUGCAAACCAUGUUUACUCUCAUGACAAUGGACGCUGCAAUUAAAUCAAAAGAAAACGCAUUAAGAUUUUAUGUGACGCCAGAUUCGUCAGAAAUUCAAUUUAAAAACGUUAAUUUCCAAUACAUUGAAGGAAAACCCAUUUUAAAAGAUGUAUCAUUCAGUAUACCGAGUGGAAAGAAGGUUGCUAUUGUUGGAGGAUCUGGUUGUGGUAAAACUACAAUCGUGAGAUUGCUGUAUAGAUUUUUUGAGCCACAGAAUGGCAAUAUUUACAUCAAUGGUCAGAACAUUCAAGAUAUCGAUUUGGAGGAUCUCAGGCAAUGUAUUUCAAUUGUACCACAGGAUACGGUACUCUUUCAUGAAAGUAUAUUUUAUAAUCUGCACUAUGGUAAUUUGAGAAAAUCGCGCGACGAAGUUUUCGAAGCUGCAAAGAUGGCAGAUAUACAUGACUCGAUAAUGAAAUGGCCGCAAGGAUACGAGACACCCGUGGGCGAACGUGGUUUGAAGUUAAGCGGAGGAGAAAAACAAAGGGUUGCAAUUGCUAGAGCAAUUUUGAAAAGCAGUCCCAUACUGAUUUUCGAUGAAGCUACCUCUUCGUUGGACUCUUGGACAGAACAGAAUAUCGAUGCGACUCUACGUAAAGUGACGGAAAAACGGACUUCUAUCGUGAUCGCACAUCGUUUAUUAACAGUUAUGGAUGCUGAUGAUAUACUUGUGCUAGAUCAGGGUAAUUUAGUCGAAAGGGGCACACACAAGUCAUUGCAUUCUACACCAAAUUCUUUAUAUAGAAAAUUGUGGGAUGCUCAAUUUAGACAUGAAAAGUCUCAAGAACUAAAAGAAAAGUGUCAAGCUGAACAGCUUAAUUAAAAAUAAUAUAAUCUAGGUAAAGAGAUAUUAUUUAUAAUACGAAAUGAAAGUCUUAGUCUUUUUACAAAUUAAUUAGAGAUUAUUUAAUUACCUUAAAUCUUGCUUUAUAAUUGAAAUUUGACAGAUAUAUGAAAUAUACAAAUAAUUUCAUAGAUAAUAAUAAAAUAUCACGGUUCAAUGUGUACAAAUACAAGUAUUAAAAAUAAGUGAAAUUUAUAAGUGUUAAUUUUUUAAGUUAGGUAUUCAUGUUUCAAAUAUUGUAAUUGAAAUAUAAUUGAAACUUAAUAUUUUAAUAUAUGAGAUAUACAGAAAUAAUUUUAUAGAUAGUAAUAAAAUAUCACAGUGCUGUGUAUACAAAUAUAAGUAUCAAAGAUAGUAUUUGUUACAGUCAGUGUAUAUUAAAUAGUAAUAAACAAAUAUUAUGCUUAUAA